AACAGACUGCUUGAUAAUGCAGCUGCACAGUCUGCUGCUGAUCAGUCAUCAAAACCAAAGGCAUCUGUGUAUAACACUAUGGACCAUAAAGUGAACGUUGUUUCAAGGUCGCAGUGGGGAGCAGCUGCCCCUCGACAAAAGAUGACUUUGAAAGCUUCUGCCCAGAGAGUUGUCAUACACCACACUGCCCUCCCAAGGUGCAGUGGCCGGAAAGAGUGCAUGGACCGCCUUGUCAGCAUUCAGAGAAGGCAUAUGACACAAAACGGCUUUGAUGACAUUGGAUACAAUUUUAUCGUCGGGGGAGAUGGUACAGUGUAUGAAGGGCGAGGCUGGGGUGUAGUAGGAGCACAUACAAAAGGCAACAACCAUGACUCACUGGGGAUCGCCUUCAUGGGUAAUUUUAACAAUGACACACCAAGUACAGAGUCAAUAUCCUCAGUCAAAAAGCUGCUGCGGGCUGGAGUCACUCAGGGCUUUUUACAGCGAGAGUUUGUCCUGUUUGGGCACAGAGAUCUGGGAAACACAGAAUGUCCAGGAGAAAAACUUUAUGCUGCACUACCACAACUAAGGAUUGCCCCAUAAGGCUCACUACACAAUGUGAUGGCUUUGCGGGAAAAUCCAUCCCAUACUUCCACAUUGUUUGUAUCAUGAGUCUCUUUUGUUAACUACGGGAAGAUCUGUGUUGUAACAAGUCCUGCAGGUUUCACCACCUAUCAGAUGUUUCUCUUACAGCAGAGGGAGGUAUGACAUAAGAUGAGACCAUUAGGUUCUAGCUGUCCGGAAGUGUAAAAUGCUUAGUGUAGAAAAUGAAAGUCAGUGUACUUCAGUGCAUAUGUUCAGAUAGCUCUUUUUUUAUCACUUUUUAAUUUGGUUACAUUCUAUCAAUUUAAUUUACAGUUACAUUUAAUCUGUUCCAAUGUUAUACUAGAGGUCAGUCUUUUGGAAAUAAACACCUGUUAUCAGCAGUUAUUAUUUUUA